CUAACAAGUGUUAAGUGUUCGUUAAGUAGAGGUGUCCGGCCUGAGGAUACGUUCCACUGCAGAAAACGUCAAAAAAUAUCUACCUCGAUUAAACGGACGCCUCUGAACAUGGAAAUAUGCAUGUCUCCACCCUUUGGUGUCUGCAAUAAGGAGGUUUCAUUAAAGAGAACUGUAGUUUGCAUCCUCGGAGACCCAGGGGCAGAUAAAGGGGGCGAGAGAAAGUCUAAAAGGGCGGAAAAAUAUAUAUGGAACGAAGAAAAGUAUAGAACGGCGAGAAGAGCCCCUGGGGACAAUGUCUUACCAGACCAGUUCCAAACGGUCGCCGCCGUUCUGGCUUCUGAUUGGUGCCAGAAAAACACAAGUUUUCUGGCACCAAUCAGAAGCCAGAGCGGCGGCGGCCGUUUGGAACUGGUCUGGUAAGACAUUGUCCCCAGGGGCUCUUCUCGCCGUUCUUUACUUUUUUUCGUGCCACAUUUUUCCGCCCGUUUAGACUUUCGGUCGUCCCCACUAUCUGCCCCUGGGUCUCCGAGGAUGUGUAGUUUGAAGACGAGAACAACUACGAGGACCAAAUUAACUUUAACUUUCCUUUUUCAAUGAACUCUAAAAAUAUAGACACCCCUGAAGGCUUCAUCAUACUUUUUUCA